GUCACAGUCUCAAAAUCAGUUUCCUACUCGCGUUGUUGUUCUUAAGUCAUAAGUGUUAGGUUUGAAUCAAUCGCUCUAGUACCAGUGGAACUGUUGAUUUGCUUAGCGAGAAGAUGGAUCUGAGACCCUGAAGAUGAUCUGGAGUUAUCUUGGUCCGAGCAGUUCAUAUGUCCUUAACAUCUUCGGGGAAUGUCAAAACCAUUUUAUAAACACAAAAUCUUCUUCUUCUUCUUCCUUUCUCUCUCUCCAUAAUUCUUGUUUGCGUCAUUCAUUCAUCACAUAUCCACAUACCACAGAGACAGAGGAAUCGUCCUUUAUCAGAAAUGGCAGGCAGUAAUCUUCUCCAAGUCUCUUCUAAUUAGCUGCAACAGAGCCAGCCAUAUGAUUCUUGUUGCUACUAAACCUAAAGACUCUCGCGGAAGCAGCAGCGAUGAGAUGAUGAUGAAUGAUCUGGAUGAGAUAAUAUUUGGUGAGAAUAGUUUGGGUCAUUCUUCAUCUGCCUCUGGAAAUGAUCAGAAGAAGCAGAAAUCGUCUAAAAACAAUGAGCUCAUUCACUUGUGAGAUGUGUUUUGUUUUUCUUAGUGGAUUUGGAUUGGUGUUUAGUCUUUGGGAAUAUGCAUCAACAGUUGUUAUGUAAGUAAACUAAAAUUAGCAGCCUUGUGGGAUUGAAAUAUAUUUAGGGUGUAACCUGUAUAUUUCGCUGCUCUGUUUUGGUGUUAUUAAUUUAUCUAAGUGAUUAAUCGUUAAGACUUAAAAUUAUAUCAAUAUUUUAAUUGACA